AGAUAUAUAUAUGGAUUUACUUCUUUCAAGAAGAGUUAACAGUGCCAUGAUGAAUGCUAUAUUGUUCCUAUUUGGAAUAAUUUUAUCCUUCGCUCAACUACAAUUUACAGAAGCACAAAUAGGUGCAUGCUAUGGAAGAGAUGGAAACAAUCUACCACCUCAGCAACAAGUCAUAAACUUAUACAAAUCAAAAGGAAUCACAAGAAUGCGAAUAUACGAUCCAGAUGAAGCAACACUCCAAGCUCUCAAAGGUUCAAACAUAGAAUUAAUACUUGGUGUCCCCAGUGACAAGAUUCAAUCCCUCACAGAUUCUAAAACCGCCACAAAUUGGGUCAACACAAAUGUUAAACCAUAUUCACCAAGUGUCAAAUUUAGGUACAUUACUGUUGGCAAUGAAAUUGAACCUAGUGACCCUUUAUCAAAAAAUGUUGUCACAGCAAUGCAGAACAUUCAGAAAGCAAUUAAUUCGGCGAAUUUACAAAACCAAAUCAAAGUGUCAACAGCAAUAAAAACAGAUCUAGUAACAAAUCCUUACCCACCUAAUAAAGGUGUUUUUAGUGAUCCUGCAUUACCAUAUAUAAAGCCAAUUGUGAAUUUCUUAGUUCAAAAUGGUGCACCACUUCUUGUAAAUGUGUACCCUUAUUUUUCCUAUGUUGGUAACCAAAAAAGCAUCAGUCUUGAAUAUGCAUUGUUUACUCAAAAAGGGAAAAAUGAUGCUGGGUACCAGAAUUUGUUUGAUGCAAUAUUGGAUUCUGUGUAUGCUGCUCUUGAGAAAGUGAAUGCACCCAAUUUGAAGAUUGUUGUGUCUGAGAGUGGUUGGCCAUCACAAGGGGGUGUUGGAGCUAGUGAUCAAAAUGCAGGAACUUAUUAUAAGAAUUUGAUUAAUCAUGUUAAGGGUGGAACUAUAAAGAGGCCUAAGGGACCAAUAGAGACUUAUUUGUUUGCUAUGUUUGAUGAAGAUUUGAAGAAAGGUGCUGAAACUGAGAAACACUUUGGUCUCUUUAGACCAGACAAAUCUCCUAAGUACCAAAUCACUUUCAAUUGAAAGUUGAAACUGUUGCAUGCAUGUGAUUGUACUUUGGUGCAUUUGAUUCUCUGUUUUUUGUAACUCUUAUUUAUUUAAAAUU